AUGCAGAGGACUCGAGCAUUUAAGAGGUCUCGAUGGUCCUUGGGAGCCCCUGGCCCUAUCCUCCACCAUAUGGGGCCUCGAGCUGUAUCUCUAAGCUCAGCGUUUCUCGAGAUUGAUCUCACUACUAGUGUUGGGUCGAGAACAUCGAGAUUCGGGCAUUUAAUUUCGCAGUCGAAUAUAUCAAGAGCCGUUGUGCUCUUAAUGUCAGAGGUAAAGCGUAAUGGUGCUGCCCGUUCUCUGGCAGUCGCUAUAUCUCGAAUGGCUGAAGUCAUGAAAUAUGUGAAAGCAACUCAUAACGGAGCGAUUGGUGUACAUUUAUUAAUAGCAUUAAUACCAAUAUUGCGUCGUCCAGAGGAAACGGUUCAAGCAGCAAUCGAAAAAUAUGUUCCAUCCAUUCUCACCAUCAUUGGUCAUGAAUUACCAUCAAAAUGCGAUACAUCGGCUGUUGCACUUUAUGAAGUCGCGUUAGAAAACUUGGAGUUAUCAGGCACGUCAAAUCGAGUAGCAUCUGUUAUUAUAUGGCAGUUGGCAAUGUACAUGGAUACCAUUCGGUUUAAAGUUGUUGAACGUUUACCAAGGUAUUUCCAAGAAUCAGAUGAGCCUGGCUUCAAUAUAAACAUUCUGGUGGGAACGUUAACGACAUUGCGUCUUGUUUGGCCAGUUGUGAUGGAAUAUAAGAAUGAUUUGAAGAAGUGGAUGCAAGUGGUGAUGCGUAACGUUUUACGAUGUGUAUACUCGAAACGAAACGAGGUUAUUGUUGCGUCAUUGGAAUGUCUUGAGAAGAUGUUGAAACGAUUGGAUGAAUACGGUGAUUUAAUUGCUGAAUUCUAUCCUCAGUCCGUAACAUUACCAUCAACAUCAGGAGCAGCAACAUCCACGUUUCUUGAGCAAGAUCUCAUCCAGACACAACUACUUACGAAUGUUUCUGAGGGUAACUCAUUAUCGGUCGAAUUAAAUUCGAUUCGUGAUGUAAGUCCGUUUGAGUCAAGUCUCGAUACAACACUCACUGCAGCUGACAAUGACAUUGAUCGCGCUUCGGCCACUUGGACCGAUCCAGAUGUUCCUUUGAACAUCUAUGUUGAUAGUACUGAUGGAGAAGUGAGUGUGAGUUCGUCGUGUCACGAAGAUGAAAUCAUCGAUCCGCUGCGUCAUUUGGACAUUUUUGAUGAUGAACCAGUGGAAAGUAUGAGUGAAAGAAGAGCGGAUUCGGGAUUGCGGAGCCCACAAUCUAUGAGUUCAAAUGAUAGUAGUAGCAACUCGAUCGCACCUACUCUUCCCACAGACAUUUCAAGUGAACCAUUCGCAGUCUAUACGUCGGUAUUAAUCGCGAAACGUUUCCUACUGAGUGGUAAAUGUUUGAAAAUGCGAUCGGAUUGUGAGGUACGAGUGAGUCAUAAAAUACUGGCAAUGAACUGUCUCGCAUAUUUGGCUGCCCAUCUAACGGAUUUCUUCGAAAUACCACUGAGUGAAGAUGGUGGUGUUGGUGUACAGCGAUUAAAGGACAUCGAGUUGUUCAUCGGCCAUGAAGAUGACCAGUUGAAAGCGGCAACAAUAACGACGAUCAUAGCAGCUUUCAAUAAGCAUUCAUCGGCUGAGCCAUCAUCAUUCUUCAAGAAAUGUGUGCUGGAAUGUGUGCACAUGCGACGUGCUCAGUGCAUCCGAGCUCUGUUCAGUGCUCUCAAAUCAUCGAUUCAUAUCAUAUCAGUCGUUGAAUUCUUAGCAAGUAUUGAGUGGCGUAAAGCAGAAUCAAGCUGGAAACAACUACCCGGUCAUCUAAUAGACAUUUAUCUGUGCUUAUUAUCAGAUCACGACCAUCGUGUGCGUAAGAUUGCUGCUGAAAAUCUGCCUUUAUUGGUGAAAAACGCGAACUUCAAUAAAUAUCCAGAUAUUUUUGUCACACAACUACCAUCAAACUUCUUGUGCGACACUUUUCCGAGAAGACCGUUGAUCAUUGGCCUAGGAAUUCAAUACAAUUUUGGUACGGAACAGAUGGAUUUUAAUUUGGCAGAAAAUUUGUCAGUAAUACUGCAUAAAGUAUUUGAGUUAUUGCUUUCAUCUAAUGACGAGAACUGUCAGACGGGUUUAAUAGCGGGUUUGAUGAGUCUGUCAAGAAAGUAUUCACCAUCAUGUUAUCAGCAAGCAUGGUUAAGUGGAGCAAACAAUGAACUGGCAAGAAUUGGUUCAAUUCAAUCGUUAUUAGAUAAGGCAUUAACCUCAUGCGCAUCAGUGCAAACAAUCGCAAAUAUCGCCGAAAUUUGUUCAUCGCUCUUUGCGGCAUUCACCGAUCAAGGCACAAUGCAAUGCGCUAAGGCAGUUGAUGUUGACAUUCCUCAUACAUCACUACCAAAACUCCCUCCUGCUCACAUAAUCAAUCAGUUGUUGACAUUGUCAUUAAGGAUUCUAAAUUUGUAUUAUACAGUGGUGAUGGAUCGUAGAACAGAACGUCUGACACAGCUGUAUGGUUCUGGUUCAUCUUCUUCGAUUAGUAGUGGGGGUGUGAGUCAAUGGUCGUCAUCGCCGUUGAGUCUGAGUGCGAUGACGAAUCGCAUCCUGAAUCGUUAUACAUCCGCUUCAUCACCACUUCGUAAACAACUCUCAACUGCUGCUUCUAAUCUAAUUCAGACGUCAUUCUUAUUAUCUACGAAUCUGAAGUAUUGCUACGACUCAAUGCGAGGUGCUUACGUCAACUAUUUGCUGGUACUCUACUGUCAUAUUGUGGUCGAGUUUGCACCAGUGGAGACCAUUCGCCUUGUAACGCAAAUAAUCAAAACGUUAUUCGGUCGAAACGCAGCAAAUUUAUCGAUAACAAUGCUUCGAAGAAUGUUAUUGGUUGAAGUGAAUUACGAACCACCGCAUGAUAUUCUCGAGGCGUAUUUAUUAAAAAGUGCAAAUUUAUUCACGGAAUUUGUGGUGAACUCUGGCAAAAACGAAUACUUCAAGGCACAUCUCUUGAGGAAUGUUGGAUGGCUACGCAAAGAUACAACGUGGAAAGCACACUGCAGCGAGGUGUCAUUAGUUGCUCAACAUAUCGAACAUUUUGAGGAGUUCGUCUCGAUGACCAUGCGCUUUUAUCAAGCGUCAAACUCGUGUGAUGUUCAGAUAGCGAUAUUGAAUUUGCUAUGCGAAUUAGUACGUAAUGGAAUCAAUUUCACGUUGAUAGAUCCUGAGACACGGUUGUUGAAUCUUAUAACAUCGCAGUUGAACGAAAUGACAAAAAGAGUAUGGUGCAACGAGGCAAUGGAAAGUGAUGAAGGCCGUCUGAUGCGUUCAAUUUUUGAAUUUCUCUCUGUAUUAUCGCAUAUUCGAAGUCAAGGUCAGACGAUCAUUGAUGCAAAUAAGGUGAUUUCGUUCAGUGAAGUUCUGCUGAGUGCUGCAGCUGAUUCAAAGCCACAUCUUGCAGCUCACGCACUGAAUUGCCUGCAAGUGGUGCUGACUGAUUAUAUCGGUGUUCGAUGUCGUUUCGAAAUUGGAUUAGUGAAGAUAUUGACGGAUGCAGCAAACUUAUGGAAGCAAAAACCAACAGAAUUAGUUCAGCUGUGGACCCUUCUCCUUUACGGUGCUUCAACACUCGCUGAUGAGCAAACUGUUUCGAUAGCGUUGCGGUCGUGUCAUUCGAUUGUGUUUAGACCGAUUGAUAGGUUUUACGGGAUGUUGUUGACGUUACUUCAGCGAACGGAGUGGAGUGCACGACAACGGACAAUCUGUGUGGCACCUUUGAUCUUCAUCUGGCUUUGUGUACUGGAUGAGGAUCAGAUCUUUUCAAGACUCGAACAACUUGGAUAUAAGCCUGCUGAUGAGAUUGCACGAUUAUUAAUUGAUUUAUUAUGGGCAUUUGUGCGCGAAUUGAAUGAAUCGGAAUCGGAAUGGAAAAGGGACGAAACAGAAAGUAUACUUACUUGGUAUUUGCACAUUCUGUCGUACGCAUUGCGAUCUGGAAGCGGAAUGAAGACGUGUUCGUUGCUGGGUAAGUAUUCGAAAGAUGUGACAGACAUGACUGCUGCAGUCGUUACUCUACAAAAUAAUUAUCCAAAAGCUUGUGCUCAUUUGAUUGGUUUCUUAAGUGCGCUCGUUAUUGAUCCAGAUGAAGUAUUCUCGUUCGAUCAUGAGUGUGAUAUGAAAAAAUUUUUGACGGCGGUGCGACGUACGAGUGUGUUGGAAGAAGGGAAUGGAAAUAUAGUGGAGGUGUUAUCGACAGUUGAGCGUUGUUCACUUGCACAGUAUGAGCGUAUUGUGCAACAUUUGGACAGCAGCAAUUAUUUGAAAUCAGCAAUGAUGUACGAAUGUGAAAACGUUCUGAAAAUUCUUGUCGAACGUGCCUGUUUCUUUGAAUCGUUUAAGUCGAAUCGAUUCGAUAUACUUUCGUGCUGUCUCGACGAAUUGCAAAGCAUCAAAGUGGCAGCGUUGAAUUGUGGCGAGAUGUACAGUGAAUACUCGAUGAUGCAACUGCAACGCGCAGAUAGUCUUUUAUCAGUGUUUAUUCGACUGUGCUUUGAUAUCAAGCUCAAUUCGCCUUUACAAUUAUCUACACUCAGUAAAAUUGCGAAUCAACGAAGCGCAAAAAUAUCUCAAAAGUUGGCUGAUUGGGCGUCAGAUGGGAAAAUUUUUAAUCAUUGGAUGAAGCGAUAUGUGCAUUAUUUAGGAGUUGAGGCAAUGCAUUGUAAUGAAGUUGAUGAAUGCUGUAUUGAUGGGAUGACAUUCGCAAUCACACAGCCGUCGUUCAUAAAUGAAAUCGAAUCGCAGUUGAAUUCUAAAGAGAUCAUUCAGAAACAGCUCUCGCUGGUUAUGGCGCUUAACAGAUUGAUCGAUUUACUGCUUAUGAGCGAAGAGAGUCGUGGUGAACACAAUCGAAGAGAAACGAAAAUUUGUGAGCCCUUAGAAAAACUGAUCUCCGAAAUAUCCAUUCACAAUCGCACAGGUCAAAAGAAUUUCGAUUUGGCAUUUUUCUCGGAUGCAACUCAAAAAGCAUUUGAUGCGGUUUUAAAGUUGCAAGAAGUUUUUCGUAAUGGAUUAUUAUCCGGUCAUAAACUAUCGAAAGCACUGGAAAAACUCGCUAAAGGUGUAACUCGAUUGCCAUUCCUCAAUGAUAUAUCAUGCAUCCCACGACUAGCGUUAUCUAAGUCGAUAACGAUCCCAACGGUCAAUAUUCAUUAUUUGGCGAAUGUGGAUGUUUUGAAACAAUUCACAUGGCGUAUCUCAUGGGCCGGUUGGAAUCGUCGUGUCAAUUUUGAUAACUUCUCAAUGUCUCUUUUUGGUGUAUUAGGAUCAACUCCAACUGGUUCUGAAUUGAAUAAUCCGGCUGUGAAUGUAACUGAGCGAGUGAUGGCAAGUUCGGCUGCAGUGGAGGGUUUAACAAACUUAUUAUUACAAAGUUUAUUGUAUCCAGAACGAGGCAAUCCAGUCAAUAGCCGAUUCAUCAUGAAGCAUCGCGAUUUGUCAUCAUCUCAAUUCCUAUCGUCUGCAUAUGGUAAGCGAAUGUGUAUGCUGAAAGCGUUGUUAUUGGGUGUUUACUCGAAUGCAGAACGUGUUUAUGGAAGCAAUUUGGAAUUUUUGGAGGAAUUGCACGAUUUGAAUGAGUAUAGAAUGGGACAUUUAUCAGUGCAUUCAAUAUGGAAUAUGACCGGUGUGUUGGAUCAAGAAAGAAAUCUUUAUAUGGAUAUUUCUUCGUAUGCAAACGCUGUUAUCGACUUUUCGCAAUCGCAACAAGUGAACUAUCAACCACCACAACAGUCGUUACCAUCGUCGACCAGCAAUUACCUGUUGGAAAGUGGUCAUGAUUCAUCGACUGAAUCGUGUUUGCGAACGCUCUUCGAUACGUAUUCGCACUGGUUUCGUGUUGGAAUCGACGCUUUGCCUCUUUCACUUCUGUGUGGCACUGUUAAAUCGAUGACGCUUUUAUCAGACUUAUUCACUGACUUGGAUCAAUUCAAAUUUUUAUUUGGUCAUAUGAAAACACUCUUCAAUGCACGUUCAUACUACGAGAAUUUCGACAUUGGCAGCGUGAUCUUGUCGCUAUUGAAAUGCGUUGCAGUGUUGGGCAUUGAGGAGGUGAGUAUGUCAAAAGCGGACGCGCAAAAGAUGCUCUUUUCAUGGGUCGAGUGUGGCUUAACGUUGAAUAUGUGUGAGAUGCGUGUUCGUACCCUUCAAGGCCUCUUAUUCGUUCUGCAGUCAAUCAAUCACGAUGAUCUCAAGCCUGUUCUCGUAUUUCUACAUUCAUUCAUUAUCAAUGAAUUACAACUGUCCAACCACAAAUUAUAUCAUAACACUCCUAAUAAUACAAGCAACAAUUUUAAGCGAGAGCAGUCAAACGAAUAUGAGAUACUACUAUGGACUGUUGGUUUUUUCUUUUGUGCAAAUGCGUUAUUUUCAACGGAAGCCUUCAAAGUGACUUUUGUUGAUGUGAGUGGAAAGAUGUUGACGAAUUACUUUCAAAUGCCAUCAAAAUUCAUAUAUUCACUUCGUAUUUUUAUCGUAUGCCUUUAUCAUGGAAUGCAACAAGGCGCUUUUUCACGCCAAGCUGUUGAACAGUACGAUCCACGCUUGUAUUUGAUGGAGCAACACAAAACCCUUUUCAAAAUUGUGGCUGAAGGCGAUGAAAAAGAUGCGAAGCGUUUAACACGACUAUUACCGUAUCUUUUAAUCGAUACGUUGAAUCAGAGUGAAAUUAUUAAUAGUGUCCUCAAAGAACUUAUUCAUCUAUACCCGAACGGGCGUCAUCCCAGACCAUUUGCUAUUUUUAGUAUAAUUCAUCAAUGGUUUUCCGUGCUGCAUAGACGUGAGACAGAUGCGGUGGUGAUCGAUUGGACGUUGAACAGUAUAAAGUCAUUUAAAUACGUCACUGACCCGGAAUUAUUUCGCUUUUACGCAAGUGCGUUCCUGUGCUCAUCUUCGCCCAACCCAGAUGUGUCUAAUGUGUGA